AUGCCGUCACUCAUGCUUGGAUUAUUUAAACGAAACGAGACCUUGGAGUCACUUAUUCUUAUUGGGGUGGUUUUAGCCGAAAUGAGACUCAAUAGGAUAGAAUCUUCUGGUGUGGGAUUCCAGAUCUUUAGUCUAGGUGCUGUUGCGUUCUUUGUUGUCCGUGUGUUGGUUACUAUAAGCAAUGUAGAGCUUGGAGAUGUCAAUACUUUAGGUUCUAUAGCUGUAGCCUCAUCAGUGUUUUUGUCUGUUAUUGGAUUGCUACAAGCAAUAUGCUCGGUAGUAAACAUGAAAUCUGAUAGAGGAAAGUUAUUUUAUUCUAAAGAAGGGAAAAGACUAAUAGCAGGUGGAUACGCCACUAUUGUUGCUGCAAUUUUCCUUCUAGUUCAGACAUCAAAAAUUAUAAAGACCAAAAAUACUAUUGAACGAAGAGAUUUUAUGAAUGGGUUGCUGAUGAUGGUAGCUGCCACUGUCUAUUUCUUCCUAGCUGAUGAUAUUGAUCAAGAGCAGCUGUCAUCUAUAAUCAUAUGUCUUGCUCUGGUAGUUGCGCUUCUUUUAUUAGUUAGUAGUAAUAAUAAAGAAGAAAAUAAAGUACCCAAUAAGGGUAUUCUUUCCUACUUAAUGGCCUCCUAUAUUGGUUGGUUUAUUGCCUCUGCUCUUGGUAUACAAGUAAUGGGCGAUAAAGUUAAGAUGGUUGAGAAGCUUGUAGCCAUAUUCACAAUGUUUGACAAGGCCAUAUCUAUAUUACUUUCUAAGUAA